UCGGGUUUCCACAACUUUGUGGUUUCCCUCGCUUGCGAAGAUAACGAUUAUUUUCGACGCAACCCAGAAGUGGAGCUUCGGAGCUCCCCGGAGGCGGGAUGGCAGCCCGGACCGCGCUGCUCUUUCUCCUGGGAGCGGCGGGAGUGGGUCCAGUGCCCUCCCAAGGCUCGCGGGGGGACCGAGAGCCCGUCUACCGUGAUUGCGUGGCUCACUGCGAGAGGCGCAAUUGCUCUGAGGCCGGGCUGCGGCACUUCCGCUCCCGCCAGCCGCUCUACAUGAGCCUCACAGGGUGGACCUGCAGAGAUGAUUGCAAAUAUGAAUGUAUGUGGCUGACUGUGGGACUUUACCUCCAGGAGGGAUCCAAAGUGCCUCAGUUUCAUGGAAAGUGGCCCUUUUCUCGUUUCCUGUUUUUUCAGGAGCCUGCUUCUGCCUUUGCUUCUUUCCUUAAUGGUCUUGCCAAUUUGGUGAUGCUGAACAGAUAUAAAGCCACUGUUCCCCGUUCUUCUCCUAUGUACCAUACCUGCAUUGCCUUUUCUUGGGUGUCUUUAAAUGCCUGGUUCUGGUCCAUGGUUUUUCAUACCCGAGAAACAAAUCUGACUGAGAAAAUGGACUAUUUCUGUGCAUCAGCGGUCAUCCUUUAUUCUGUGUACUUGUGUUGUGUCAGAACUCUAGGGCUGAAACGUCCGGCUUUUGCCACUGCCUUUGGCGGUUUCCUGCUCUUUUUCCUGGCCUGCCAUGUUUCCUAUCUGACCCUUGUGCGCUUUGAUUAUGGUUACAAUAUGGCUGCCAAUGUGGCAAUUGGCCUUCUCAAUCUCUUCUGGUGGCUGGGUUGGUGUAUGCAGAACCAGCAACGCCUGCCCUAUGUCUGGAAGUGUGUGGCUGUUGUCCUGCUUCUCCAGGCCUUGGCUCUCCUGGAGCUCCUGGAUUUUCCACCCCUGUUUUGGGUUUUUGAUGCCCAUGCCAUCUGGCAUAUCAGUACUAUCCCUGUCAAUAUCCUUUUCUACAGUUUCCUUGUCGAUGACAGUCUUUAUCUUCUGAAGGCCAAUUCUGAGAUUCUUAAAAUAGACUAAAACCUGUGGCAGAGAGUAACUUGGAAAAAUCCAUGGGCUGCCAUCUAUAAAAGACACCCUAUUGCUUUGAUUUCUAGCAUCUGAGGAGUUUGAUGUUCUAAGCCCGCUUUGCUCUGACGAUUGGUGACAAUUUCCUCUCUAUUGCUUCUGUUUUUACAUCUCAACAGCUUCCCUUUCAGACUUCUGUUGCCAUAGUGUGAUAACCUGAUUGCCUUUUUUGCUUGAAUGUAUCGAGACACGCCUCUUGUCUCCCUGGGAUUAUUUUGGGUCCUUUCAUUUGCCUUCUCCACCAGUUCUUCCUACAAUUCUCUGAAGAGAGCAGGGAAAGCUUUAUUUAUUUCAUUCUGUUUCUUUUUUCAUUUUUACAAACGCGGUUCUGUGGGUUUUGGCUAGUCCAGUAGACUGCAUUGAAAGGACUUUGCAAGCCACUUGGGAAAAUAAAGGGCAGCAGCAGGUCUGGUAAACCACAAUCCAUCUUUAUGCUGCUGUUGACUUGAAAUCCAGAUUUUCAGACAAGUGAUCUUAAAAUGCUGCUUCACUGAGAAGCUCCCUGUUUUUUCAACAAGCCAUUGGGAGUUUAGCACUAUGCUCCCUACUUUCUUGUCGGUCAUGAGAAAAGUAGAAAAUGGAUUCUAUACUGCAGUGACUUUUUUAAAAAACAAACAAACUAUAAUAUGUGGUGCUGAGGUCAACUGUCUUCUGUCUCCAAAGCUUUGUGUGCAUAUGUAUAUAUAUUCCAUCACAGUAAUCCUUAUUCUUUCUUAUCAUGGACAUGCUCAGUCACAUCACUUCAUUGUGUACUGUAUUAUUAAGUUGCUCCAAAAAUCUUGAGAACACCGCCACCACUACCAGAUUUAUUGGACUGUCAUCAGAAUUAGCUUCCAGCUGGAGGAGGAAAAUCAUGGGGAAUUAUUUAAAAAUAUUUUAAUUAAUCUUUUGGGAUUAAUUUGUGACAUUUUAAUGGCACAAACUAUUCCUAGCAAGCUGCAAAAGCUGUUUGAGAAAUUUCGAGAUGAAGUGCAAAACAGAUCUGGAGGGGAAAUAAAUAGCAUUUCUCGUCUUCUCCACAUCUGCUCCUUGUUUUUAAAAUAACAAUACACAAACUGGAGAGUGGGGCAACAGUUUUAUAUAUGUAUAUAUGUAUGUGUGUAUAUAUAUAAAACUCCAUCUUGGUCAGUGUUCUAUUUUUCCUGAAUCAUUUGUCACUCAGAGUCCUGGAGGAAGCUUGCUAUCUACUCUGUUGGGGCUUCUAUGGCUAUGCCCCAUUACUAGACCAGCCAAAUUCAUCUGUAUUCAAAGGCAGGCUGUUCCUAUAGUUUCUUUUGGUAUUCAGCCAUUUUCUUUCCUUUAAUUGUAGGAAGGCUUAAAUUAAGGGAUGUCCGUCUGAAUUUGAAGAUGACAAAGUGCCUGAAUAUUUAUGCCAAGAAAUGUUGAUUGUUUGCAGAGACAGAUGACCUCAGGAUUUUGUUGCUCAUUAAAUUUUCUUAUUGCUGAAGCCUUUCAGGGCAUUCAAUUCAGCAAUACUUACAGCGCUUAAAAGAACUCAUUACAUGUUGAUUGUGAACACUUGAGCAAUUUUCUGCCUGUGGGAAAACUAGAAAAAGUAACCUGAGGCCAAAGUGUCUUUUGCUUGAAGAGUGCCAAAGGAUUCAGAAAUUGCCUAUGACCAGUGAAAAAUCAAAAUAAAAUGUGCAAUGGAGUGAGACUGUUCAUGUGGGUAUUUUGGCUCUAUUCAGCCACCAGAUGGCAGUGCUUGCCAAUUCAUCUGUGAUUUGGAAGUGGUGUUUAAAACAUAAGGUUUUGGUUCUAUGUUUUUAUUGUAAUGUAAUUUUAAACAGGGGAGCCUUUAAUUAAUUUAUGUUAUCAGGCUGCUGCACAAGAAAAUUGGCAGUAGUGGCUAGACUUUCCUGAACAACAAUUUGCUUAUCAUCAUCCCUUUUAAGAAACAGUCAUGGGGAACCCCAUUUAUUGUUGGUUGUACUGUUCUGCCUGACUUGGGGGGAGAUGCUUUUGAUGGUGACUCCCCAAUCCUGAGGGAUGUGCUUGGUAUCUUCAGUGUGAAAAGGGUUCACAUUGGCUGAGGAAGAGAUUUAAAAUUCCACUUUACUAUAUGCAUUCCCACUUUCAGUUCUGGGAGAGAAAAGGAGCGCCUUUUAUUAUCAGUUUUUAAUUCACUUCCGUUUGACUAAAACUUUUCCACUUACUUUCAGUUCUCUGAAAACUGGAGCAGAAAGGUUGCUCACCUAUAGUCCCUUGUCAUAGGUAGGCCUAUGAUUAGGCCUGAUGAAAGUUGAAAUCCAAAAUACCUGAUCUGAAACCUGGUUGCCUUCCUCUGGCAAAAAUUCAAAUAUCUCCAAGACUAACAGUGUAAUCUUAUACAAAGGAAAUCCUUGUUUGGUGACUGCCUUAUUAAGCAGAUGUUCACAAUUACUAUGUGAUGAAGAAAUAAUUUUACAACCAAUCCUUGUAUUUAUGACCUUCACAGGUUUUAAAGCAAAGGAAAGCUGACAUAAGUACAGUUGUUUCACUUAGUGAUUGCUUGGCUUAAUGCCCGAGUGGCUGGUCCCAAUUGUGGGGUUGCUGAAUAUGAAUACAAGACAAGAGAUCAUCAACAUGAAGUUCCAGAUGGCUAGAUUCAACAACAAAAAGUCAUUAUCUUAGAUGCUGAUGUUGGCCUUCUCACAUGAAAUUUCAUGCAUCAAUGCUGCUUUCACAAACUUUUCUGUGAGAAUACCAGGUUAAAGUAAUUAAAAUAGAUAAACGUUGAUCAUCUUGGACGAUUUGGAUGGUGAUUAUUUUAAUUGGGGGAAUCUAGGCUGGUUUACAUUAUUGCAUGAUGCUACCUGGAAAAAAAUAGCUGAUCUUAAAUUUAGGCUUCUGGUGUUGGCAAUAUCUGGCAGAGUUCCAGGAAUGGUAGGUUUCCCCAUUGGGGAAGAAGUAGGGCAGGGUCUGGUUAGUUCUUGGAUGGGACAUGUAGUGGGGAAUACCAGGAUCACAAGCCAGGUUGGGAAAUUGAAAAAUUAUCCCAAUAUGGAACGACAAGCCUCUUCUGGAAUGUUGCCAUGGAAAUUACAUAGCUGUGUUAAACAGUUUCCCCAAAAGUUAAGUUUGACUUGAAGAUUUUAUCUUUAAACCGCUGCAGCCUUUCUUUGUUACGUUUUGCUGCAGUUGGAGAUUUGAUUGUUCUUCUGGAAGCAAUCAAGCAAGCUUGGGAAUGAGUCCACUGGCCUUCUUGUUCUUUUGUAUGUCUUAAUUAGACAGGACAAAUCAGGCAAAUGAAAUCUUCCUUUCUCCAAUCAUAAACAGGUACCACAUUUUGCAGCAGAGUGUACAGAGUUCUUCAAAGAUGAAAGCUUAGUUGACUGAACCAUCUUCUGGCAGCAUUCUGCAAGCCAGCAUUGUAUAUGUAACAAUAGGAAGCAAGAGAAGCUGCUUGUUGUGUAGAACCUAAACAUUGUGAAAGCAGAAAUAGGAGCCUUGGAAAUCUGACAUUGUCCUGAUUCCCUUUUGUCAGUCAGCACUUCUGUUCAAAAGUGCUGCUUUGCAAAACUGAGAGUGUGCCAGUGGUAACAGAGGAUUCAAAAUAGUCAGGAUGGCCACCAUAAUCAUAAAAUUGAAGCCUUACUCCUUUUUUUUUUUUUUACAUGCAUCAUAACACACUUUAAAGGAGGCUGGACUUUGGUUGAAUGGUCAUAGCAGUUAUGUCAGAUUUUUGGGCUGUCUUGCAGACACUGCUGAAGUGGGCUGGCUGGAAACAGUCCAGGCAAGGGAAGUUGUCCAAAGGUCCUGAGACCCAUAUUUGUGAGAGAUGCUUGUUUUUGUUGCCCAGAUACAGCAGACACCACUUUUUAAAUGCAAGGCUGUUUUUGCAUGUCUAAUUUUAUAUAGUACAUCCAACUUCAGGUUAGAUGUGUGAAUUGGAUUAAUAGUAAUCCUAUUGUUACUUUCCAAAAGUCACUAUGUCACCCAUCCUGUUUCAAAGGGAUGUACUUUCCACAAGCUUUGCCAAUCCUUUUGGCUGGCAGCUUGGAGCCUGGACAGCUGGAGAUGUCCUGUUAUUGGCGUUGGGGAUCUAUAUUAGGCUGCACCUUAGUUUGGCUAACCAAAGAGAACAAAAUGUGAUGUGCAUAUUUUUGCUUGCCUUUAUCUGUUUCAAGGUGAGCAAUCUGCAGCUUUCUGCAUGUUGCUCAAUAUUAACUCACUGCAGCCUCUAUCAGAAAGUCAGUGUUAACUGACUAGUCUCUGGAGGGCCUCAGGUUGCCCACAGCUUGGAUAGCUAAUAAAUGAAACAAAAAAGGGAGCUAAUAAUGUUGGUUCUGAAGGCGUGGAGGGCUCUUGCGCAAGCAUUGAAAUUGAAGGUUGGUAGCCAGAAGAAUCGUUUCUAAUUGUGCCCAUGCAGAGCAAUCCUUACUGACUGCCCACCCAGUGUUUAAAUAUAUGAAAUCAGUGGCAUUUUUGCUGAAGGUCCAAGAGCUGCUUUCCUGUUUAGGAGAGGCAGCUGCUAGGGCUUUUUAGUUCCUAAGUGGAAAAUAGAAAGGAAAAAAGAAACAUGUCUGUGGCAGAACCACUACCAGGCUAGAUGUACUAUUGGACAAUUUUCAGUUCCUGUGACUAAAAUAAUAGCAGUAACAGAGUUGAAAGGGACCUUGGAGGUUAUCUAGUCCAACCCCCUGCUCAUGCAGGAGACCUAUACUAGGGAUUCUAACCGCCAAACUGCCAACCUUUCUGAUCGACAAGCUCAGCGUCUUAGCCACUGAUCCACCUAGCCAGGCUAAAUCUCAUAGGAAUCUCAUAGGAACAAUUGUAAUUGUGCCUUCUGUUCUAAAGCUGUUCUGGAUUCUAUGCUGAGAAGGGUGUUUUGUAAACAGGGAAAAAAUCCAUCCAUCCAUCCCUCCCUCCCUCCCUCCUCCCUCCCUCCCUUCCUUCCUUCCUUCCUUCCAUUGGAAGUGGUGGGUGCUCCAUCAUUGGACGUUUUCAUGAAGAGAUUGGACAACCAUUUGUCCAUUUGCUUGAACAGGGGUUUGGACUAGAAGACUUCCAAGGCCUCUUCCAACCCUAUUCUAUGUUCAGAUUUUGACCUAAUGAUCAGUGGGAGGAAAGCCUUCUUCCUACCUUCUUCCUAUGCCUGUUAAGGGCCUUCUGUUUGUGAAAAUACAUCUAGAAUAUGUUAGCUUUAUAACUAAGUAUGUUGUGUGAACACAGUUGAUUUAAUUUGGUAGCCCACAGUCUAGUAAACCAUAUGCUAGUAAUUUGUGCAGACAGAUCUAAGUUAGAAGCUCCAGAUGUGGUAUGUAUGGGAGGAAUAGUGCAAUCAAUAGAUCAUGAAAAAUAAUGGUGAGGAGAAUAAACUGGCAGGAGAAGAGCCAGUUUCCUAUCCAGAAGGCUAUGGGUGCAUUCCUUGCUAACUCAUCAAGCUCAUUUGACCUUCCUGUUUUAUAUUUCAGCUAGGCAAUUUAUAGGCCAUGAGUACAUUGUGCAAUUAAGCCAAUUAUAGUUCAUUAAAUGAACCCUGGGGGAAAAAAAUCAAAUCUUGGUUUAGCAUGAACUCAGUCCUAAUCUGAGUAGUACCACUCAUACUCUUCCCACUGUGCUGAGAAAGAGUUCUGUGAAAAGAUCCACCUCAUGCUAAUUAUUGAUGUCUGAUACAUUUUCACCAAGAUAAUAAGUGCUCCAGUGUCUCAAAUGCAAACUAAAUUAUAAUAAUGGGACUUUUUCACGGUGUUGCUGUUGUCCAUCCAUCCCUCCCUGCCAUUUCCAUUCCAGAAGAGAAAUUCAAUAACUUUUUUUUUUCCUGGCUGAUAUCCUUAGUCCCAAUUCUGUUUGGAAACCAACGCAUUCUUGCAAUGGAUUGGAAAUUAUGGGAAAAAUCAUAAAAACACACCCAGUCUUUCUUCUGGGACUCCAGAUGCCUCAUAAAUCAUAUCCCUAUAAAUGUGAUACCAGGAUUUAAGUUAAAAUCCUGCCUUUCCUUUGCAAAUAGUUUAUACGGAGUUCCUAGGCAAGCAACUCCCCUUCUUUCUGUUGAAUGGGGUAAGGGUGGUGGAGUUUCAACUGUGAAACAUCUUUGUCUACCCUAAGAUUUUAUAUAUGUCAAAAAGGAAAAGCACAAUUUUAUUAAAAUAUUGCAUAAAAGAUAAUAUAUUCUGUUUAAACUAUAUCUGUCCAAACAUAUCCAUCUCCCAGGUACUUGGUAGUUUUUUAUUGCUACUUCUGCUGGAAGUCAGCUGAAAUGAAAGAAACUAUUAAAUCCCAGAUAACAUACUGGAUGGUCAACAGCAUUCCUCUUAACAUUGUUCCUCUGUACAUUGUACAGACUCUUCUGGGGGAGACAUCCUGCUGUAAUUGAAUUUCUGCUGGUUUUUUUUUUUUUAAUGUGUGUGCAAUUUCCAAUAAAAAUGAUUCAGUUUAAAUGCUAAA